GCCAAAUCGAGAGUCGCGCUCAGGUCCUGCAGACGCUCGGAGAAGUGCUUGCCUCAAGGGGGGGACGGGCGGGGGGGGGACGUCGCCUCCCAACCUUCUUAGUCAACAAUGAAGGAAGAAAUAGCACAGAAAAGAGGAUUCAUGUGGGAGCCGCGCGACACUUUCUAGAUUGAAGAAGAAGCGGAAACCCCCCCCCGAGCACUUUGCGCCGUCCUGGGUGUGGAAGCGUCUUCCUGGACCGUUUGCGCGCCGUCGCUGUGGUGCGUCCGGCUGCUGCCGAGCACGCCCGAGUGGUCCGAGGUGUCCGGCGGAGGCGGCGGGUCGCCCCGGACGAUGCCCGCCAAGACCCCGAUCUAUCUUAAGACCAGCACACCCAAACGAGGCAAGAAGACCAAACUGCGCGACGUGCUCUCGGGCGAUAUGAUCAGCCCCCCGUUGGGUGACGUGCGCCACAGCGCCCACGUGGGGCCGCAAGGUGAGCGCGACAUGUUCGGGGACGUGGGCUUCCUCAGGGGCAAAAUGGACAUGUUACCGCCACGUAACGGCGACGCCCGUUCGCACGGCGUGGACGGACGUCACGAGGACGCGGGCGCCGCCUCGGAUUACUCCUACAACGGAUUCCACAACCGGCACUCGUCCUCCGGCUUGUUGAAGUCCACCAUCUCCAUGCCCGUCUUCAUCGCCCACGAGCAAGCGCCGCCCAAACCGCCGCGCCUGCACCUGGAUGACGGCAAACAGCGCCACCUGCGACCCACGGAGAGCGGCGGUCGGGACGGCUCCCCGUCACCCUCCCUCCGCCGACCGGUCCCCUCGUCCGGGUCCUCCUCGGAGGUCUCAUCGGAGGAGUCGGCGUCGGACGCCUGCGGACCGCCGGACGGGCGGCGAGGCCUCAGUCUCGAUUCGGACACGGGUCUGAGCAACGAGGAUCUGCGCAGCGAUUCGCCCUGCGGACUCUUUCCGCGGUCGGACUCUGUGGCGGCCCUGGACCUGGACCUGGAUCUGGGGCCAUCCAUCCUGGAUGACGUGCUGAGGAUCAUGGACCGCUACAAGGAUGUGGACCACCGUUGCGAGCUGUGAGGAAAUCCCAGGCGGACGUGGACCGUGGGGCCUCCCCCCCCCCCCCCGAGUCGGUGUGAACGGUGGACAUUUUGCAUUCAGUCAUUCCAGAGAAUAUUCACAGCGCUUCACUUUUCCACAUUUUUGUUUCUGCCUUACGUCAAAACGUGUUCUAUUGAUUUUGUUCCAAGCGACCGGUUGAGGGUUUACCCCCGCUUCUCGCCCGGAGACUUCUCAGGUUGUGGUACGGAAAAUGAAUGAAUGAAUGAAUAAUUUUGUUCCGCAACACUUGACACACAACAAACCCCUUACACCGCAGGUGUCAAACCCACGGCCCGGGGGCCAGAUCUGGCCCACCACAUGAGUUUAUGUGGCCGGCGAAGGCAAAUCACAUGUCUCAACUUGUCUGAUUUUUGUUCAAAUUUUCUAAUUGUCAUCAUAAAUGAUAACGUUGCACUAUUGCAAGCAUUUUUGUGUUGCCAAGCAACAAUAAUUUCCAAAACAUUACGCUUGAAUUUCUGAUGAGCUGAAUAUACUAAAUAUGCUCCCACGUCCCAAAAACAUGCACGCUAGAUCAACUGCAUUCCUCUAAAUUGCCCGUAGCUGUGCGUGUAAAGUGCGAAUGCCCUGCGAUUGGCUAUUCCCAUCCAUCCAUUUUCUCCACCGCUUAUCCUCACAAGGGAGUGCUGGAGCCAAUCCGAACUGUCAACGGGCAGGAGGCGGGGUACGCCCUCAACUGGUCGCCAGCCAAUCGCAGGGCACAUAGAGACAGACAACGGUCCCACUCACAAUCACACCUAGGGGCAAUUUUGAGCGUGAUUGGCUAUUUAUUUCAUUUUAUCAUUGUUUUUUUUUUUUUUUAAUAAAUGGCCCCCAAACUUGUUUUUAAUCGUAAGAAAAUGUGCAAAGAGAGUACUGUGAAUACUCGAAUGCACUUUUGGCGCUGGGAGGCGACAGGCUCGGGCUGGCCCUCGACAGUCUCAUCGCAGCCGUCUUCGAUGUUCAUUCCUGUCAUUUUCUUUUCUUUUCUUUUCUUUUCUUUUCUUUUGUGACACUCGGAGUCAAACAUCUCACAGACGACCAACUAACACUUUAUUGCAUAUCGGACAAUACAUCUUGUGCUUUUUUUUCCUGUUAUUUAAAUUUCUGUUGUUUAAAAAAAAAAAAAAAAAAAAAUCAUAUCUGAGAUGCUUUUGUCGAAAUCGCGUAAGAAUAGCCCCUUGAUUAGCCUGUUUUGCGGGGUUGGUUGAUGCAAAUGAACCACUACUCACGCCAAUUCCCUCUACUCCGGGGCAAACGGAUUUUGGCACAUGCAGCAGACACAAAUGCUGCACCCUCAGAACCGGAACCGGCUUUAUCUGCCAAGUGCAGUGCGUAACAAGACCACACGGAAGGAAUUUGUCUCCGGCAGUGGGCUGCACGACACACUCAGCGCAGCUCUGCUUAUCUUUCGUUUUGGACACGACGGUCACUUGAAAAUGGCCGAUUUUCACCCGGCCCACCUUUCGAGUCAUGGGGAGAGAAACUGAGUGUACGGGUGUGUGUGCGUGCGUAAAGCCGCCAUCUUCUGACAUCACCACUGAGGCUUGCUCAGAAACAUUUCAAAAGUCACUUUUACAAAAUAUGUCCUUUGGCAUAACAUCUUUGCAGCAAUAUGCACUAUGUUUAUUCUGUCCAUAUUGUCCUCUCACAUCCAUAUUUUUUUGUCUUUUCAGCUUGUUUCAGAAACUAGUGGAAAAGUGCUUUUCCGUGUAUAGUCCAACAAAAAAUGUAUUUAGUGUGCUCGUCCAUGAAAUGUCGACCAUCACAUUAUUACAGGAGCCUCUUAUUCCGUGUCAUAUAUGCUGUAUACGUUGUUCUAUAUGUAUCAAUAAAAAUGUUCUCCUUGUGAAAUGA